AGCAAACUAUAGAAAUCAAACUUAGAUAAUUAACUUGUAAAAGAGUUCGGGCUUCCCUCGUCGAGUUCCCUCCCGGCCAGUGGCAGAGAACGCCCGAAGCAGAAGCGACGUCGACGCCAUGGCAGCAUUCAGCGAAGAUCAGAUCAUAGAGUUCCAGGAGGCCUUCUCCAUCUUCGACCAGAAGGGUGAUGGCAAGAUCCAAGUGUCUCAGAUUGGGGAGGUCCUGAGAGCCCUGGGCCAGAACCCCACCGAGUCCGAGGUCAAGAAGCUGUCCCACCAGCACAGACCAGAUGAGCGCAUCAGCUUCGAGGUGUUCCUGCCCAUCAUGCAGACCAUCUCCCGUCAGCGCCCAGUUGACACCGCAGAUGACUUCAUCGAGGGCCUGCGUCACUUUGACAAGGAUGGCAACGGGUACAUCUCCUCUGCCGAGCUCCGCCAUCUCAUGACUCACCUCGGUGAGAAGCUAACAGACGAGGAAGUGGAACAGCUGCUUGCUGGCCAGGAGGACUCCCAAGGCAACGUCAACUACGAGGAGUUUGUGCGCAUGGUCCUCAGUGCUUGAAGUCUUCCUAGGGGUGGAGUCUGUUCGUAAGAGACCGUCGUCGCACAUGCAUUUUUCUAUUUAUGGUUAAAUUAUGUAAGGAGAACUCUCGGAAUUUGAAGAAGAAUAAAAUAAAAAUGAAGAGAGUUCCAUUGCCAAAAAAAAGAAAAGAAAUAUAUGAUGUGAGAGUUUUGUGAAGAUAUUUGAAUGUAUUUUAUAGGUAAUGAACUUUUCAUACUCUUUGGGAUGAAUAUGCGUUUAGUGCCCAGUGAUUUGUUUGUAGAAUGCGACUGAAGCAGUUUUUUGUGAUUUUGUAUCAAUUUGGAUGUUAUCCAUAACUAGUAAUUUCUCAAAAUUCAUAGUCUUGUCUCUGUCUAUCUGUUUUUUGGUUAUAUCUGUACUUAAAGUGUCAUAGGUAUUGCUUUUUAUGCAUACUAACACAAUUGGAGAGAAAAAGUUUUUUUUAAUUAAUGAAAAAGAAGCUUGUGAUAUGAUUACCUCUUGUCAAAAUCCUGCAGUCCCUGAUUUUAUUUAUUUCUUUUUUUAUUGUUUUAAUAAUACUACAUUAGUUAUUAACAUUCCAGGUCUGAAAAAGAGGUGAUAUAGGUGCCUGAAAAAUUGUUGAAAUAUAUUAAAGUUUGUAUGAGCUUC